AUGCAAUUAGCUGUAGCACUUUAUAAUAAUGAUGUUGAUGAUGAAGAUGAACUUGAAUUUCGUAAAGGUGAUAUAUUAACAGUACUAAUCGAAAAUCCAAAUGGUUUUGAUGGUUGGUGGUUAUGUAAGCAUAAGGAUAAAUAUGGUUUAUGUCCUGGAAAUCGAUUAAAACUUAUACAAAAUACAGUUUCUUCUCCAAUAAAACUGAACAACUGUCUACAUUCCUAUUCUCGUCUAUCGACAGCAUCUAUGUACGAUGAUCUAUCAAAUAAUUAUGAUAAUCCGGUAGCGUCAUCAUUAUUACGGAAUUAUGAUAAUGAUAAUUCACGAGAUUCAAAAUUUAUUUCCAAUUCAAAACUUCUUGAUUCAUCACCUGAAUCUUCUUUAAAUUCAUCGGGUAUUUAUUCUACUAAUGAUCUUCAUUUAUCUUCAUCAUCAUCCGACUUUUACACAAUGUCUCUUAUGAAUAAUUCUGUAUUGCCAAUCGACCUUGAUCAAUUACAAAAUUCUUUUCAAAAAUUAUCUGUGCGUUCAUCACUUAUUGAUACAUAUUGUCAAUUAAUAUUAAAGACAAAUAUUGAAUCAACUAUUCAUUCAUUUAUAACUGAAUGUUAUUUAUUUCUUCAUAAUUAUGGUUGUUUAUUAGAUCGAUAUACCUAUAGAUUAAUUAAAGAAAAUUAUCUUUAUGAAUUAGAACAUAAGAAAAAACAAAUAAUUGAAUUAUCAACAAAAAUAAUUCAACUAAUAAAAUUAAUUAUUGAUUUACGAUUAAAACAAAAAUCAAAUAAUAAUUCAUUUAUAUCAAAUGAUAUAUUUAAAAAACUUCAUCUUGAACCAAUUGCAGAGAUUUCUAAUGAAAAAAUAAAAACAUCUUUAUCAACAAGACAAAUUUAUGAAAAUUUUCUAAAUAAAAGUAAUGAAACAAGUAUAAAAAGUUCGAAAACAUGUUUUUCAGAUUUUUUAUCAUCAACUUCAUAUAAUAAAUCAAAUAAUUAUGAAGAUAUUGACAAUGUUUAUUCAAAAAAUGCGCUGAUUAAAUGUUAUUAUCGACAUAUUAAUGAACAAAUUAAUUCAAUAAUUAAACGUUUUUCAUAUUUAUUAGAAAAUGAAAAUAAAAUUUCAUUGUUAAUAAUUGAAGGUAAAGCACUUACUGUUGCAGGACAUAAACUUGUAUUUGUACUUGAAACACUUCAUGAACAUGUGCAACAAAUACAUACAUCAUUAAUUCAUCUCACAACACAAUUAUGUGAAGCUUUAAAAAAUUUAAUUCAAGUACUUAAAGAAUUUAGUCAGAAAAAUUGUACAAAUAAUCAAAAAUUAAUCAUUCAAUUUAAACAGAACAUCAAUAUGAUUAUGUAUAUUGUACAAAGAAUUAAACAACAUUGUAGUUUAGUUUAG